AUGCUCAGUUUACAAGGCAGAAGAGGAGUGUCUUUGGACCACACGCAGGUGAGAAAACCAGUGGUUAUGGGCAGGAAUCAGAGCAGUGGCGUAACUGAAUUCAUCCUGGCAGGCUUCCCCACUCUUCACAGCAUGCAAGCUGAGCUCGGUUCAAUAUUCCUGCUAGUGUAUCUGCUGACCUUAAUGGGCAAUAUGGUGAUUAUAAGUGUGGUAGGAGUUGAUCCCCGCCUGCAGACUCCUAUGUACUUUUUCCUGGGGAACCUGUCAUGUCUAGAGAUACUGAUCACUUCUGUGAUUAUUCCCAAGAUGCUGACUAACUUCUUUUCAGGUCGGCAUACCAUCUCUUUCAAUGCUUGCAUUGUUCAAUUCUAUUUUUACUUCUGCCUCGGGGCUUCUGAAUUCCUUCUACUGGCUAUCAUGUCUGUGGAUCGUUACCUUGCUGUUUGUCAUCCCUUGAGAUACCCCAUACUGAUGCGUGGGGCCAUAUGCAUACGAUUGGCUCUGAUUUGCUGGGCAGGGGGUCUUCUCCCAGUGCUUGGUCCUACAGUGGUUGUGGCCUUGCUUCCUUUUUGUGGCCAGGAUGUGGUGAUCCAACACUUCUUUUGUGACAGUGGGCCCCUGCUUCGCCUGGCAUGCACCAAUACCAAGCAACUGGAAGAGGUUGAUUUUGCUUUGGCCUCAGUGGUCAUCAUGAUCUCCCUUCUGCUUACUGCAACUUCCUAUGGUCACAUUGUUUUGGCUGUCUUUCGAAUACCAUCAGCCUCUGGUCGACAGAAAGCCUUUUCCACCUGUACCUCCCACUUGAUGGCAGUUACACUUUUCUAUGGAAGUGCCAUCUUUCUCUAUGUCCGACCAUCACAAAGUAGUUCUGUUGGCACAAACUGGGCAGUGACAGUCGUGACCACAUUUGUUACACCACUAAUGAACCCUGUUAUUUAUACCCUUCGAAAUGAAAGAGUGAAGGAAGCCUUAAGGGAUAUGCUUAAGAAGGGGUUAGCUGCUUGUUCUGGGCAUCACUGA